AUGGUAUUAUCCCCCAACAACACAGGGUCCCAGGUGACUGAAUUCCUGAUGAUCUGCUUCCCAGGAAUGCAGGAUACACAACACUGGCUGUCUAUUGUCCUGGCUCCUCUCUUGGUUUUGGCCAUUGGGGCCAACUUUGUGCUGCUACUGGCCAUCCGGCAGGAGGCAUCUCUGCAUGAGCCCAUGUAUUACCUGCUUGCCAUCCUCUCUGUUCUGGAUGUCAUCCUCUGCCUCACAGUCAUCCCCAAGGUCCUGCUCAUCUUCUGGUUCAACAUGAAGCCCAUCAGUUUUGCAGGCUGCUUCCUACAGAUGUUCAUCAUGAAUACCUUCCUUCCCAUGGAAUCCUCCACCUUUCUGGUCAUGGCCUAUGACCGCUAUGUGGCCAUCUGCCACCCACUGCGUUACCCAUCCAUCAUCACUGAACAGUUUGUCAUUAAUGCAGCCAUGUUCAUCAUCUUCCGUAAUCUGUUGGCUACACUGCCCACUCCAGUUCUAGCUGCUAGGCUCAACUACUGUGCUGGCAAUGUGGUGGAGAAUUGUAUCUGUGCCAACAUUUCUGUAGCAAAGCUUUCUUGUGGAGAUAUUCGCCUAAAUAAGCUCUACCAAUUUGUGAGUGUUUGGUGUCUACUAGGUUCUGACCUGGUGCUAAUUUUGCUAUCUUAUUGCUUCAUCUUGAGGGCUGUUAUGCACCUUCAGUCAGGGGGUGCUGCUACCAAGGCUUUGAGUACUUGUGGUUCCCAUCUGAUCCUUAUACUUUUCUUCUAUACACUGCUGCUAGUCUUCAUCUUCACAAACAAAGCAGGAAAAAGUGUGCCCUCUGAGGUACCUAUUCUUCUCAAUGUCCUACACCACCUCAUCCCACCAGCACUUAACCCCAUCGUGUAUGGGGUACGCACUCAGGAAAUCAAGCAGGGGAUUAUGAAGCUACUCAAGUACCAGAGCUGA